AAAGAAAUAACUGUAAAGCCAUCUCAAUUUCUCCUACAUCCGAGUCCACCCCAUUCCACAAGCUGUAAACACAUUACGAAACGCGACCCAUUGUUCCUGCGAUGCGCGCGUCCGUCCUCCUCGUGCUAUGCGCUACCUCCGUAUCCAUCGCGCUCGUCAACAAUUAUAUUCCGUAUUUCACAGACAAUUCCAGGAGCGAAUAUUAUGGUAAAGUUAAAAACAUUUUGUAUACUGAUGACGUCACUCAAGAUGACCCGAAAAUGAGAGUUAUUGAUGGAAUGUUAUAUGAUUAUGUUGAUAUCGCUUCCACACCACCAAUAUUCAAGGAUUGUGUGCCGUUUGUUUCGCAAUAUUCUGACUGCUCUAUCGAAAACAUAUGCGUCGGCUGCACAGUCUGCCACUGCGAUUUGCUCGGCAGGUGGAACUGCAGCCAGCUGCAGAAGUGUAGACCUGAUCCCCAACUAGUGGUGGACCAUCAAACCCUGGUUAUAGCUAUGGAGAAUUUGUUGGAAGAAGAGAAGGCAUUAGUAAGAAGAAGAAAAAGGUCUCCUGACUUCGAGGAAACUUUGAAAAAUUACGAAGAUAUUUCAAAAUGGAUGUAUGGGAUAAGUCCGUUUGAUUUUGAAGAUAUUAACAAUGAGACAGAACACUUUGAAAUUGAUAAAACAACAAAGCGUACAAAUACAAUUGAUUCUGAGAUAUUUAACUUUGAACAAUUUUUAAUAGACGUUGGUUAUGAUUUUCACAUUGAUGAAGAAGAAAAUGACACUGUAGAUGAAAAAAUAAAUAAAACAACUAUGCAUACGCAUAAUUUAACUGAUUAUAAAGAUUUUCUCAACAUGCUUGAAAAUGUAACCAAAACUACAGAUGCCAUUACAUCAAUACUUGAUAAUGCUUCUUGUGUCGUUGAACCUAAUGAAAGUUCUUACAAAGCUGAUUUACCAAUAAAUGCCUAUGAGUUAUUAUCUGAUUAUUUGAAGAAGCAAAAUGAACUAUUAACUCACAUUAUAAUGCCUCAUAAUAUAACAAAAAGAGAUGUAUUACAUACGCAUAUUGAAAGAAAUAAUACAAAUAAUAUUACAAUCUUCAUCAAAAAUAUAACUGAGAAUAGUUUUUAUCCUCUGGAAAAUAUAAUUAAAGAAAAACAAGAAGAGUUAAGUGAACUUAUUAAUAUACGAGACAAUCUGUUGGAUUCAAUCAAUGCAUACGUUGGUUUUGAAGUGUCGAAUAUAACCAAUAGUAGCAAAAUUCAAAACACUGAUCUUCGCUUUAUCAUCUUUAAAAUAGAUAAAACAGAUGAUGAAAAUUUAAGUAACAUUCUUAGAAUUGAUAACCGCAGUCUAUUAGAAAAGUAUCAAAUAAAACUAAAAAAAGACAUUGGAGAAGUUAUAAGGGACAUUGCUGUAAUACAAAGGUUGCCAAAAUCAUCGAAUAUUGCCCAUGAAUUAAAAUACCUCAUUAGGGCAUUGAGACACUAUGUUAAAAAUCUGCCUGGAAAUAAUAACGUAAAAAGUAACAAAAAUAUUACAGACAAUAACUUUAGACGACGUUUUAAUAGCGAUAAACCUCGAAUAACUAAUCCAAUUUUAUUAUUAAGCAAUAUAUUAGAAUUAUUAGACAAGGGCACACCCCAGGUCAAUAUUCUCUCUUUAUUGUCGAAAAAUGUAAUGAAAUUAAUAAAGCGUAUAAUAAAUCAAUUAUAUACUGACGAACUUGUUGGUGUACAUUCAAAACUGAACGAUGAAUACAAUUUGGCUAAUAAUUUGAAAGAAAUCGGUAGCAAUUGGCCAAAUAGAAUGACUGAUAUAAAUGAUUGUAUUCCCUCAGAAAGGCUUUAUAAAAUGAAAUUAUUUCAUUUAGAAUUAUCAGGCGAUAUAGAUACUCUCAAAGACGUUUUAAUUUUACGUGUAUUUGCUGAAAGACGACGAAUGUCUUUGAUGAAGGAUGUUUACAGCGAAAAGAAAGUCAUGGAGAAUUUGAUUAAAAUACAUAAUGAUAUUAAAAUAAUCAGCAAAAUGGACAACAAACCUUUUAAAAGGAAUUCUCCAAGUCUUAAUCGUAAAAAGAACAAACACGGAUUUCUCCAAAAAGUGAAAAGAUUGUUGAAGAAAUCUAAACAAGGGAUUCGCGGAAUGUUAAAGAAGAAGAAGGCCACACCAGAUAUGAUCAAGGAAAUUGCCAAGAAACAGCUCGAUGAUAUUAUAACCAAGAAAAAGUUUUCAAAGUAUGAAGAACCAAUGUAUAGAUGGCAGGACAAUUUAAACAUUGUACCAAGAAACAAAAGGUCACCAAAUGGAUUCCAAAAUUUUAUGAAUCGUGUUAAAAAUAUAAUACCAGGUUUUCUGCACAAGAAGGUUAAACCAGCUGUAGAUUCCAAGAGAAGACAUAAAAAUGGAACCAGAAAUGUAACACGUCGUGUGAAAAAGCAUAGUCAUAAGACGAGCAAAAUGCCUGAGAAAAUCUAAGCACCACAACUGUGAAAACAAGGCAGAAGAAUCAAAUAAAACAUCAUUAAGUGUGAAGCAUUUCAAUUUAAUUUCAAUAAAGUACAAUUUUUCAUCGUU